AACAGAGCCUUCUCAGGGAUCAAACCUCCAAUACUUGAGCUGCCUUCUGUCCUACAUUCUCCGUGAACUCUUGAGUCCAGAUUCGUAGAGUUAGACCCAAACCAAGGAAAGUGUCCUUUUCAACCAUCUAUUCCGUCAAUCGAGAAACAUUGCCAAAACAUCUCAAGGAGACAGUGAGUGAGGAUACAAAGGUGCCAUUCACAUCUUCUCAUAAUGACCCACUAAUGAUUGAGCAAUGAUGAAAGAGGGUGACUGGAUGGUGUAGUGCAAUUGUUCAAAAUCAAAUCCACCAUGAGACCUCAAUCACACAUACUCGCCUCUGUGGUGCUGGUACUGAGUGCCUACCAGAUUAAGGCCAACGACUACUACGGAAACCUGAUCGGAAGCUUCACCAACCGGUUUCAUGGCAUCACCGGCGACGUAUACACUGUGGACUCUCGGACACUCUUCAUCAAGGGAUUUUCGUAUGAUGGUCAAGGACCCGACGCUUAUUUUUAUGCCGGAGAAUCGGGAGUCCCGUCAGAAGAUGGCUACAUCAUUGCCAACGAAAAGGGCACGGAAGAUGUCCUCAGUUCUUACAGGACGAAGAAUAUCGUCCUCACUUUACCUGGAGGAAAGACCGUCAAGGAUAUCAAAUGGCUGUCCGUCUGGUGCCGAGCCUUUGGUGUCAAUUUCGGAGAGCUCGUCUUCCCGGACCGAGUGCCAUACCCUAGACCCCAGAAGAUCUCACCCUUUGAUGGGAUCCACGAUGUCAAAUCCGAGAGCAUUGUGGUGGUUGAUGCUCAAACAUUCCUGAUCCCGUCCUUCAGUUAUGACGGCACUGCUCCGGACGCUCAUUUUUGGGUCGGCAAAGGCACUCGACCUGGGCCUGAAGGAAAUUACAUUGCCGACGAGAAUGGUUCCAACGAGCCCCUCAAAAAAUACGGGAAAAAAACGUUAGUGGUGGUUCUGCCCAGUGAUAUCACGGUCUUUGACAUCGAUUGGUUGUCCAUCUGGUGCGUGGCAUUUUUUGUGGAUUUUGGCAGCAUUCGAAUCCCCAAAGACUUGAACGUGCCUCCAUCGUUGAGGAUGUUGGGGAUUGAACCUCAAACCAAGUUGAACUGUGAAAUCCUUGACCCUAGCCAGGGCUUUGAGGUUCGUUGGGCCAUUGCUGGACGUAGCAUCGUGACUCAAUUGGUGGCUAAAUUGGACAAGAAUGAAUAUAUGGCGUUUGGGUUGUCGGGCGACCCCCAGAGGAUCAAGAUGAUUGGUGGCGAUGUGACUGUAGCUUGGAUGGACCACAACACGGGUCAGGGAUUUGCCGAAGAUUACUACCUGGAUGCCAAGAGCCAGUGUGCUGGCGGGCGAGGGGCCUGCCCAGAUAAGAACAUCCCCCGUGGUAAAAACGACGUGCGCCUCCUGAACUCCGCCAUCAUCAAUGACUAUACCAUGCUCACCUACCGCCAACCCUUGAAUGGUGAUGGGCGCUUCGAUAGCUCAAUUCUAACCAAUCAGUCCCAAUCCGUGAUCUGGGCCAUUGGCCCCAUCAAUUCCAAAGGCGAGACCUCCUACCACUCAAAGCGAAUCAGAGAUGAAUUGGCCUUUGAUUUUGGGCGCAUACCUCAAUGGAACUGUCCCAUUGCUGGCAAACCGGACACUGGAGGUGGUCGGGUGAAUAGACCCACCCCUGCCCCAGCUCGUGGAACCAAGGACCCAUGGUUUAUCCCGGCCAUCCAGUGUCACGAACCGGAAGAUAGUGUUUACUUUGCUCAGAUUGGCCCUACCGGUGGUGAGCAAGGCUACCAAGCCAUUACCGGGCAUGUGGGUUGGGGUAUUGCUUGGUACGUGAAUGGUCUUCUCAUUCCGGAAAUCUACGUGGUCCGCGGGAAGACCUACACUUUUGUGAUUGAGGGCGGUCUUGACCCCUCUCAACCCGCCGGUUACCAUCCCUUCUAUAUUACGGAUGAUCCCGAGGGAGGCUACGAGUUCAUGACGCCGGAGCAGCGUAAAAAGGUUACGGUUUUUGCUGGAAUUGAACAAUCUCGAUUGGGACCCAAACCAGUGGCCACUGGAAGGCUGUGUGAGUGGAAAGAGGAUCCUAGUGAGCCUGCCGACGGUUUCACCUCUUUUGGAGGCUACCAACGCUCCCUUACCCUUCAAUGUGAAGAAGGACAACCAGGGAUCAUUCAGUGGACGCCGGACAGGGAUACGCCGGACGAGGUUUACUAUCAAUGUUACACCCAUCGAUACUUGGGCUGGAAAAUCCACGUCGUUGACCAGUGCGACCAAUAGUUGCUUGCGCCCUCCAUCAAUAUUGGAGCUUGUACUCUAGUCUUUACUUCUCUAUCGUUCUUUAUCCCACAGGGAUAAAGCAUCUUUUUAUAUGUGUUUGAGUGUGUCAAAAGUUUCCUCCUCAAAAAAAUCGCUUUUGCCGAAUGCCAGCUGAAUAAAAGCUCAUUUUUUCGGUCAUGG